AUGCCUGUAUUCACGCAUACCGUCUCAACCUCUGAUCUAUUACCGUCGCCUCUCGCAGAUAGCAGCCACCAGCGAGAAGCUCUUGCACGCAUAGAAAACGAGAUCGUUCUUCUAAGCCAACACUUCGACAAGGUGCAGGCAAUCCUUGCCGAGUUGAAGAAGGAGGCUGCUGCGAGGCUGGCCCGCGUCAUUUACCCAGUCCUGACUCUACCGGUCGAACUCACCGUCGCGAUAUUUCUUCGAUGUCUCCCGCACUGGCCACGACAACGAUACACCGUGCCGUUAAUCAACUGGGCCCCGCUCGUUCUAACUCGGGUGUGCCACGCAUGGAGGGACAUUGCAAUAAACACGCCUGAGCUCUGGAGGUCUAUUUUCAUCCAGCUUGCUGCUAAUACCGAGCUGACGGAUGCCGAAUCUGCUUCGAAGAAAAAACUUGGCCUUCAACAAUGGGUUGCGCGGGCAAAGUCGGUUAGUAUCGCGGUCCAGCUGCAGCAAAUUUCACACGAUACAACCAUAAUACUCCCCGAAUUCAUGAUGAACCCUGCGCAGAACAUCAAGUCGCUGUGUAUCGACUUCUUCCCCGAGGGUAUCGAAGCGGUGUCUCAGAUUCCUCGCACGAUUCUCUCCCAAGUACACCAUCUGGACGUCUAUCUCGCAGACUUUGUCCGCUCACCAAACAUUCCUCUGGCCCGCCUUUCUGUCCUGCACAUUACGAAUAGCCUCCCAUUUCCGGAAAUCGUUGGGGUCAUGAGAGAGUGUCAUGAGCUCACCGAACUUCGUGCUAAUUGCACAGCGAGGCGUCAUUGUUCGAAUAACUCCCAUGAUCCUCCCAGCCAGGACUUGUACGAUCUUCAUGUUCCCACUCUGCGGGUUCUGGAUCUUAUGGUCGACCAUCAAAUUAGUGAAGAACAACUGCUGUUUGGCUCGCUGACACUCCCGAAUCUGGUUUCCCUUUCCCUGGAUACUGCGUACAGCACGCAUACGACCUGGGACUUGCAACUUUGUAGCUUGACACAAAGGGCUCCUCGCAUCCGGCACCUCAACUACAGUUUUACUGAUCGUGAUUCCACAAUCCAAGUCCUGAAACUCCUUCCCGAUCUCGUGUUUCUUGGGGCGGUCUUCAGGAACUCCGGCCACAAGCACGUCGAGCCAUUUCUCGGCUUGCUGGGACGCUCUGCUGAGCUAGAUGUUCCAAAUAUGCUCCCCAAUCUCCGUGCCUUGCGUAUCCAGCUUGAGGGCUCCAUUUCACGCCGUAGCUAUCUUCCAUGUGGCCUCGCGGAAGUCAUCGACAUGUGGGGGAUCCUGGACAUUUUAGCCGCCCGGCGCCAGCGACCCCCAGUGCACCAUACAAGCACAUUGCGGUCAUUGCGGGUUGCGGUAUCGCAGGUCUCCCCUCCCGAUGCUCUCAACCCGCUGCAACCAAUUCCCCUUUCGCUGUCCACUGCACUCGACGAAUAUAUGUCACAUGGACUGGACUUUGCGAUAUUCCACAGCGAUUCAGACCUCGUUUGGCCACCACAUGCAUAUGCCGAUAGGCUUGAAGAUUGGGUUAUAUGGUGA